AUGGAUGCUACUGAAGCUCAUGGAACUAGUCUCAAGUUGACUCAGGGUUCCUACAUCACGGUUAUUGGCAUCCCAGAUAGUCUUGUUGGUGGCUAUCUGAUCGAUCUGACACUAGAACCGCUUCUUGGUGAUAAAACAGUGGAGCCAUGGCUUGUUAGUAAAAUACGGAUUACGGGUGACUUGAAAUAUCUCUUCUUGCCAGCAGCUAACCCACAUCAGAAGAGUUAG